CAAGACGAACCUGCCGCUCACAACAUAACGGAAGCAACCAACGCAGCAUCUACUGUUUUAUAUCUAUGAUGGCGAGAACGUAAAGAUGACGCACGCCUUACGUACAUUUGUAAGGACAAUAGGGGUAUUCCGAAAAGGAGGUUGCGAUUCCACAAACUCUGGGUCAGUGUGUAAAUUCUGAGUUAACUUACUCCGAGUUGGGGAAACCCGGGGUAUCUGGGACAAGAACAGCUGAUUUCAAUGAGUUCAGUGGACUCGGAGUUUGUUCACCUGGAGGUAAGCGCUUGCACCAGCGCUAUACGGAGCGUUCAUGAGGAUGCUUCCAGUGAACGCGACAACCACUGCAAAAAGAGAUCCAGCUAUUUCACGGCGCUGGAGCAACGGGUUCUCCUUCAAGCGUACGAAGAUCAUGCUCAUAUAUUUCGUAAAAAGAGCAAUAAGGCGGCAGCAGCUAAAGCGAGAGAGGCUGCAUGGAAGAACAUUGCUGCCCGAGUCAAUGCGUGUAAUUCAUCAGGGGAAAAACGGACUUGGAUCCAGCUGAAAAUGAAGUAUAAAAAUAUGAUUCAGAAAGCCAACAGAAAACGAGCAAAUGCCCGCAGAACCGACGGGGAGUUACUAAUACCACCCCUGACAGAGGUUGAGGGGCUAUCCAUCAGCCAAAUCUCCCCCAAACCUGUUUCUGAGGUCAUCUCUGAGGACGCCUCACCUGAGCCAGGCACCAUUCAGGAUGCAAUUACAGAUGGCGUUGUUUAUGUUGUUGAGCCUCCAGCCACCACAGCAGAGGAAAAGCUUGCCAAUGAGGAGGAUGUUCUGCCUGUUGCCACCAGGAAGGAUGCAGAGAUUCAUACUGAAAGAAAGGUUGGCCAGCACCAGGAUGGGGUUCCUUCAGCCUCCACAGCACAGCUUCACACAUUACCAGUAAAUGAGUUAUACAAACACCAUCUCCUUAAGACUAUUGAGAAAAUGGAUAAGGAAAUGAUGUAUUUGGACCGCCAAAUCAGGAAAGCGGACCUAGAAAUUCUGUUACUCGAGCGCCAGUUAAGGGAAUAAAGAAGACUGUGAAUUAUUAAUAUUUUGUGGUAAAACUUGCUUGGAGACCGUCUUUCCACCUGGGACGUCUGCAGGAGGUUCUCUAUUCGUUGCAGCAUAACGGAGAAAUCGUGCCGUGUUGUCACAUGAUAUAUUGGUAGGUAGCCUGAGCUUAAAGUGGAACUGAAACAAGAAUCUAGGGGCUGGUCAUCUGAACCUGAGCUGUAGUGCUGCAGUGUUGAAGGCCCAGUUCACGGGCAGGCUGAGAGGAUUGCUAUUUGUCAAAUCCUCCUGUGACUACAGUGAAUACAUUUGAGCAUGGAGUAGCAGGAAUAGCAUGUACAAAGCUUUAGAUUUCUUACUAAAUGCAAAUCUGUGGCUUAGACUAUACAUGCAAGUUAUUUAUUGUGUACUAUUAUUUAAUGUCAACUCAUUAUGCACUCACCGGCCACUUUAUUAGUUCAGUUGCUUAACGGAAAUCCGCCAAACUCAUGGCAGCAAAACUCUGCAUUUAGUCAUCCAGGUGUAGUUAAGAGGAAGAAAGGGGAUUUAAAUGACUUUGAAAUUGGCAUGGUUGUGUUAUCAUGUUUCAAAAAUGUCUGAUUCACUGGGAUUUCCUUCUCUCUGGUUUACAGAGAACGGUACAGAAAAAGAGAAAAUAUCCAGUGAGCAACAGUUGAGUUCAUAACAAUAGCUUGUCAGAGGUCAAAAGAGACUGGGUAUACUGGUUCAAGAUGAUAGAAAGGUAACAGAAGCUCAAAUAACCCGUUGUUACAACUAGGAUAUGCAGAAUACCACCUCUGAACACAACACGUUGAAGCUGAAAGCAGAUGGCCAACAGCAACAGAAGACGACAACGAGGGGGGGGGGGGUAUUCAUGUCAGCUGAGAACAGGAAACUGAGGCAAUACAAUUGGAAGGCACAGGCUCAUCAAAUAUGGACUAUUCAUUUAGUGCAUCACUCAAUGCAUCAAAGGAAAAUAACCAAGCCUAAUUUUGUCAAUUUAGACAAAAAUCGUCAGAACAGAAAUCUACAAAAAGGAAUUGUAUGAUUAGGAGGUUCAAAAGAAGCAACAUCUUCACUACAAGAAAUAUUUAAAACACAACCAAAUGGUGCUUGAAUCAGCCACUGCUGAAGAUUGUUAAUAUUUACACUUGGGCUAAAUUUAUAUUUGGAGUUCAUGCAAGUUGUUUUUUUUUUCCUCAAAGGUUGGCUUUUUUUUUUUUUAAACUAAAAAUGCGAUUGAUUUGCAUAUAUAACACUAUCAGAGCUGUAAGUACACGGUUCAGGUAUAUUAAUGUGUGGAUGGGAGUUAAAAAUAGAAAGCUGGUUUGUUUAUUGCUUGCAGACUGUGUUUUAUUUACGAAAAAGUGAUGGUUCAGCUUUCAGUAUUAAAGAAAUGCCUGUAAAUGUCA